GAGAAAAAAAAAAAGGGUAGCAACAGUUGCCUCGAGACCCCAGCGCUCGCGCGCCAUAGCGACUGUAGCCCUGGAGACCGUUCCUUACCAACAGCGGAGAGCAACAGCAGCAGCAGCAGCGGAAACUGGAGCCGAAGCUCAAAGUGUGCGAGAGUGUAUAUGAGUGUGUAAGAGAGACUAAAAGACGGAAAAGAAAAGAAAACAACCGGGAAGCUCCUGGAAAAAACAAGGGAGAGAAGAACAUAAUGCAGAACUCAGAAAGCGGCUCGGAGGCAGCGUCCGCAGUGGCGCUACAGACGAGCACUUCGGCCCAAGCACCAGUCGUUCAACCUGUACCUCCGUCACAACAGCGAGUGUUAGUUCAGACCACAGGCUCAUCCCCAAAGCCACAGGUCCAGCAGCUGUCUAGGGUGCAACAGGUUCCUCAGCAGGUGCAGCAUGUACAGCACGUAUACCCCUCCCAGGUGCAGUAUGUUGAAGGAGGAGACACAGUCUACCCAAAUGGCGCCAUCCGCACAGCGUACACCUAUAACCAUGACGCCCAGCUCUACGGUCAAUCCAGCGGCAACUCCUACUUUGACACUCAGGCAGGGGCUACGCAGGUCACAACGGUCGUCUCCUCAGCCAGCAGCGUCGCCUCCCACGGCAUGGUGGGCAUCCCCAUGGACGUAGGCGGCAGCCAAGUGAUCUCCAGCAGCGGCGCUUAUCUCAUCCAUGGGGGCAUGGACGGCCGCCAUCACGCCACUCCGUCCUCCCGGUCCUCCUCUGCGAUGCUUGAAAUGGCGAUUGAAAACCUCCAAAAGUCUGAAGGGAUUGCUUCUCACAAGAGCAUCCUGCUCAACAGCCAUCUGCAGUGGCUGUUGGAUAACUAUGAGACGGCGGAAGGGGUGAGCCUGGCACGCUGCUCUCUCUAUAACCACUACCUGCGUCACUGCCACGAGCAGAAGCUGGACCCAGUCAACGCCGCCUCCUUUGGCAAGCUGAUCCGCUCGGUGUUUAUGGGGCUGCGGACUCGCCGCCUCGGCACCAGGGGAAACUCAAAGUACCACUACUACGGCAUCCGAGUGAAGCCUGACUCACCUCUCAACCAACUACAGGAUGACACUCAGUACAUGGCUAUGAGACAGCAGCCCAUUCACCAGAAACAGAGGUUUAAGCCGCUACAGAAGAUGGGUGGGAUGAGCGAUUGCAUUUCUUUCGGCUCUCCGCACUCCAGCAGCACACCGGAGCAGAGUGUCGCCGCUCAGAGCCAGCACCACCAACAGUACAUCGAUGUCUCUCACGUCCUGCCCCCGUUCCCCUCUCUCGAUCUGGACUCCUGCCCGCUGCCGGAGCGCAUCUCCAUGAAUGACGUGAAAAAGCUGCAGAGCAUCUAUCGGGACCACUGCGAGGCCACUCUAGACGUGGUGAUGAAUCUGCAGUUUCAUUUCAUAGAGAAGCUCUGGCAGACCUUCUGGUAUUCAGCACUGCCAUCUAGUGACGGCAACACCACCAUCACCAGCAGUGAUGACGACAUCGAAGGAGUGAUCCCAAGGGAGAAGCUGAUUGCAUUGUGUAAGUUCGAGCCAGUGAAGCAGUGGAUGAGGAGCUGUGAUCACAUCCUGUACCAGGCCCUGGUGGAGAUUCUCAUCCCUGACGUCCUACGGCCUGUUCCCAGCACUCUUACUCAGGCUAUUAGAAACUUUGCCAAGAGCCUUGAGGGCUGGUUGACUUCAGCGAUGAGCAACUUCCCUCAAGAGAUCGUUCGCACCAAGGCCGCAGUGGUGAGCGCGUUUGCGCAGACGCUGCGCAGGUACACUUCUCUGAACCACCUGGCACAGGCGGCUCGGGCCGUGCUGCAGAACACGUCUCAGAUCAACCAGAUGCUCAGUGACCUGAACCGGGUCGACUUCGCCAACGUGCAGGAGCAGGCAUCUUGGGUGUGUCAGUGUGACGAGAGCGUGGUGCAGCGUCUGGAGCAGGAUUUUAAGAUGACCCUGCAGCAGCAGAGCUCCUUGGACCAGUGGGCUGCAUGGCUGGACAGUGUGGUGAGUCAAGUGCUGAAACCACACGAGGGCAGUCCCAGCUUCCCCCGCGCCGCACGCCAGUUCCUCCUCAAGUGGUCCUUCUACAGCUCCAUGGUGAUUCGAGACCUGACCCUGCGCAGCGCGGCGAGUUUCGGCUCCUUCCACCUGAUCCGCCUGCUCUAUGACGAGUACAUGUUCUACCUGGUGGAGCACCGUGUCGCCCAGGCAACCGGAGAAACUCCCAUCGCUGUCAUGGGAGAGUUCAGUGACCUCAGCUCCAUGAUGCCGUCCCUCAUGGAUAAAGAUCACUCAUUCUCAGACGACAUGAGUGACAUGGGCAGCGACGCAGACGUGUCCCGGGGGACGUGCGAGCCGGCCGUGAAGAGAGAGAGGAUCGAGAUUAACCACACUCUGCAGGAGAUCUGAAUUGUAAUCCAGUGUGCGUUUGUGCACGUGUCUGUGUGGUGUUCACAUAUUUAUACAAACGUGCACACCGAGUCCACCGUUCUGCUGGUGCGAGUUGAUUUUACGCAGGUCGGAUUCUUUUCGUUUGCGAGGAACUAAUACGGUCUAAAUCAUUACAAAGCUUUUUACGAUUCUCCGUCCUAUGCAAGGAGGAAAACCCGACAAAACGAAACGUCAUAAUAAAACAAAAUACAGUUUAAACCAAACAGAACAUUCAGUGAACCAGAAAAACGAAAUACACCUGCGGGAAUUGGAGAAUAAAUAUUUUGAAAUGGAUCCAGUUUAUUUGACAAAACAAAAGGGUCCCCCCCCUUCCCCCGCAGAUGUUUGUUUUAUAACAUCCAGUCUAGAGGCUUUAUAGUUAUUUUUUUUUUGUGUGCUUGAGGUAUGUUUACUUUAUCUUCGCCUUCGUGUGUGUGUGUUUUAAUUUGUGCCAUAGUGUCCUUUCAGUGCCUUAGAUGAGAACAGAACCCACUCGAGCACACACUCGUGCCUGUCCGACUGUAUAGUCUUUGGAAAGUAAAAAACAAACAAACAAACAAACAACCCCUCCCUGUAGUGUCUGCUGCAAUCGCUCGGGUUCCGCGCAAACAAAAACGCCAUUAAAAUCCCCUGAAAAUGCGACGAGCCCUCAAUACCUCAACUGUUUCUAUGCUGCGCUGUAGUUUUAUGUCCAGACGUUCAACAGUCUGAAAGCUGGUCCUUUUACUCGUAUAAACUUGUCGGCUUUGCGGUUGUCCGUUCACACUAGCGAACAAUCGGCGAUAUUGAAGUUUUCAAUUAUAUGCAAAUUAGGAAGAAAAAAAAGCCGAUUUGCUCUGGAAUUUCGGUUUGUAAUUCGAUUAAUGAACUGCAUCUGCGAAUCGUCACCUGCUAGUGUGAACGCGUCAUCGGUAGAAAAGAUUCGAAUUAAGGUGUUUUAAUUCCCAUGCAUAGGAUUUAAAGGGCAGUAUUGAGGAAUUGAUAGAUGGAUGGAUGGAUGUGUCCAUGUACAUGAAACCGGACGUCAGUCUGAGCUCGGCAGUUCGUUUCUGAUCUCUGCCUCUUGCACCUAACCGUAGGAUGUUAACGUGAUCGUUUUUUUUAAUAGCUUCAAUUUAAAAAAAAUAAAAAUAAAUAAUGCAGAUGAAAUAGAUUGUUGUACGAUAUGAAAAUACUCGAGUGCUAGAUAUUUUAUAUAUAUAUAAAAAAACCCUAUUGUUUGUUUCUUAAACCGAAAUAUGCACACACACGUCUCCUCGGUGCUGGAUUUCUCGUUGUGCUUUUUCUCCUCGUCAUACGAAAACUUAUCUAUUUAUAUAAAAGCGCGUUUUUUUCUCUCCCUUGAACUUUUUUUUAAAAGGUUUUUAGGAAAGCGGCUACGGUUUGUCGCUCGUGCAGUCUUUCUUUCUAUCUCUCCGUGUUUACAAAUGCAGUACUAUUUUUCUUUUCUCUAUUGUUCAUACCAAUACCCCGCCCACCCCCUGCCCCGAGACGCGAUUCGUCAUUUGCGUGGCUUUUUAAUCUCACUCUAUUAUUGCGGUAUGAGCGUUUCAGGCUGUUAGUGCGGUUUUAAAGAACAUUUGUGUAACUUGGUAAUAGGUAAUUUCUUUUGUAUUGCUGUUUUAGAUGGAUUAUUUUGUAUUUUUAUGGGAGUAGAUGAUUAUUCUCACAACUAUAUUUUGAGGGGAAAAAAAUAAAUAAACAACCGUUCUUGAAUAUUCUUACCUAGGCUAAAGCCAGACUGCAGUCUGUAAUUAAAUCCUACUUCAGUUUGUAUUUUGUACUGGGUUUAAAAUUAAAAAAGAAAAAAAAAAAAAAAAGGGAAGUGUAAUAAAUUGGUGUAAACCA